GAGGGAUUAAGGGAAUUUUAUUGUUUUGUUAAUUAGGGAUAAAAAGGCAAGCUGCUGCAGGCUCUCUCUUGGUCUUCAUUUUUAAAGGGUUGGUUGGUGGUGAGCUGAGGUUGUGGAUUGGAAGCCGUAGGCCAUGGCUACCUUUGCAGGCACCACACAAAAGUGCACGGCUUGCGAAAAGACGGUGUACUUGGUCGAUAGGUUGGCCGCCGAUUCCAGAGUUUACCACAAGGCUUGCUUCCGAUGCCACCAUUGCACGGGUACCCUCAAGCUGAGCAACUACUGUUCAUUUGAGGGGGUCCUAUACUGCAGGCCUCACUAUGAUCAACUCUUCAAGCGAACUGGCAGCCUGGACAAGAGUUUUGAAGGGACACCGAAAAUUUUGAAGCCGGAGAAACCUCCUACUGAUAAAGAGAAUGGCAACUCAGUCUCAAACUUGUUUGCUGGUACCAGAGAAAAAUGUGUGGGCUGUCAGAAGACCGUUUAUCCAAUUGAGAAGGUUUCGGUCAAUGGGAUCCCAUACCACAAGAGCUGCUUCAAAUGCACACAUGGAGGUUGCACCAUAAGCCCAUCUAAUUAUAUUGCACAUGAAGGCAAGCUUUACUGCAAACACCACCACAUCCAACUCUUCAAGGAAAAAGGAAAUUACAGCCAGCUUGAGAAUGAAGGCGAAAAGCAUUCCAUGACUGAGCAAGUCACUGCUAUGGAGAUUGCUGCUGAAUCAUAAUCCAUUGAAAAAAAAAAACUCCCAUGCUUUCUUGCUCUUUAUGUGAUUUCCACCAUUUCUGUAAUAGAUGUGUCUUAUUUUGUUUCUGGCUCUCGUGAUACGUCGGUGCUCCGAUAUAUCAUGAGAUUUAUUGUACUCUGAUAUGAAUGGUUUGUUCUGCGGCUUGUUCCUGCAUCUGCUUAAUGUAUGAGGGUUUUUCUGCAGCAUUUUGAA